UUCCUGGAAUAGAGGGUGGUGCUUUAACGGACACGAGCCUCACAGAUUCCUAUUUCAGCACCAGCUUUAUUGGAGUCAACGGAUUCGGAAGUCCUGUAGAAACGAAGUAUCCCUUGAUGCAGAGAAUGACUAAUAGUAGCAGUUCCCCAAGCCUUCUAAAUGACAGUGCCAAGCCAUAUGCAGGCCAUGAUCCUCUGACUUCUCCUGCUUCAUCCUUGUUUAAUGACUUUGGUGCCCUCAACAUCUCUCAGAGAAGAAAGCCAAGGAAGUACCGCCUGGGGAUGCUGGAGGAGAGGCUAGUUCCGAUGGGAUCAAAGGCACGAAAAGCAAAGAACCCUAUUGGCUGCCUUGCUGACAGGUGUAAAUCAGGAGUACCCAUCAAUAUGGUUUGGUGGAACAGAGUCACAGAAAACAAUUUACAGACACCAAAUCCUACCGCAAGCGAGUUUAUUCCUAAAGGAGGAUCAACCUCCAGGCUGAGUAAUGUGUCCCAGUCAAACAUGUCUGCCUUCUCUCAAGUGUUCUCUCACCCAUCCCUGGGAGGUCCCGCCGCUGCCGGGCUAGCACCAGGAAUGUCAUUGUCUGCGGGGUCGUCUCCUCUUCACUCCCCCAAGAUCACGCCACACACUUCUCCUGCUCCCAGAAGAAGAAGUCACACUCCAAACCCAGCGAGCUACAUGGUGCCUUCCAGUGCCUCCACGCCCGUCAGUACUCCUGUGUCUCAGACGCCGUCCGCCGGCCAGGUCAUCCAGAAGGAGACCGUCGGCGGGACGACGUAUUUCUACACGGACACCACGCCAGCCCCCGUGACUGGAAUGAGAUCUUUCAAAAAUUAUCACAGAACAGCUUGCCGAACAGAAGGUCAAAUAAUUGAGGUAUUUCCAAACUAUCACAUUUAUCCUCCAACUGCACCUCACGUUGCUUAUAUGCAACCGAAAGCAAACGCACCCUCGUUCUUCAUGGCCGAUGAACUCCGACAGGAGCUGAUUAACAGACAUUUAAUAACGAUGGCUCAGAUCGAUCAAGCAGAUAUGCCAGCAGUCCCCACAGAAGUUGACAGCUACCAUAGCCUGUUCCCUCUAGAACCACUGCCACCACCCAACCGGAUACAGAAAUCAAGUAAUUUUGGAUACAUUACAUCUUGCUACAAAGCCGUAAAUAGCAAAGAUGAUCUGCCAUACUGCCUUCGGAGGAUUCAUGGUUUUCGUCUUGUUAACACAAAGUGCAUGGUAUUGGUCGACAUGUGGAAAAAAAUUCAGCACUCAAAUAUUGUAACCUUGCGUGAGGUAUUUACCACUAAAGCAUUUGCAGAGCCUUCUCUUGUGUUUGCAUAUGAUUUCCAUGCUGGAGGAGAAACUCUGAUGAGCAGACACUUUAAUGACCCUAACGCUGACGCCUAUUUCACAAAGAGAAAGUGGGCGGUCCCCCUUUAUCCGCGGGGGAUACGUUCCAGGACCCCCAGUGGAUGCUCGAAAGUGGAUAGUCACGAACCCUGUAUAUACUGUUUUUCCCUAUACGUACAUGGCUAUGGUCAGCAUGACGGGCCUCUGCCCAGACAGCAUGCGGGCUUGUUGCCGGAGUCGCUCAUCUGGGCGUAUAUCGUCCAGCUGAGUUCUGCGUUGCGCACCAUUCACACGGCAGGUUUGGCCUGUCGCGUCAUGGACCCAACGAAGAUCCUGAUAACUGGCAAGACGAGGUUGCGAGUAAAUUGUGUUGGAGUGUUUGAUGUUUUAACAUUUGAUAACAGUCAGAAUAAUAAUCCGUUGGCAUUAAUGGCUCAAUACCAGCAAGCAGAUCUGAUAUCGUUAGGAAAAGUUGUGUUGGCUUUGGCUUGCAACUCUUUGGCAGGAAUCCAGCGAGAGAAUUUACAGAAAGCCAUGGAACUGGUGACAAUCAACUACUCCUCUGACCUGAAGAAUCUGAUUUUGUAUCUGUUGACCGACCAAAACCGGAUGCGAAGUGUCAAUGACAUCAUGCCCAUGAUCGGUGCUCGCUUUUAUACUCAGUUGGAUGCUGCCCAGAUGAGGAACGACGUCAUAGAGGAGGACCUGGCGAAGGAGGUUCAAAAUGGAAGACUGUUUAGGCUUCUAGCAAAAUUGGGAACAAUCAAUGAGAGGCCGGAGUUUCAGAAGGAUCCCACCUGGUCAGAGACUGGAGACCGUUACCUGUUGAAACUGUUUAGGGAUCAUCUUUUUCAUCAGGUGACUGAAGCGGGCGCUCCCUGGAUUGACCUCAGUCAUAUCAUUUCUUGUCUUAACAAGCUGGACGCUGGCGUGCCGGAAAAAAUCAGCCUCACCUCCAGAGACGAGAAGAGCGUGCUCGUGGUGACGUACAGUGACCUCAAGCGCUGCUUCGAAAACACUUUCCAGGAGCUGAUCGCAGCUGCCAACGCCUUGUUAUGGUUCUUUACACUGGAUUCCGCAGAGACCCUGUUCAGAGGCCGAACCGAACCCGGCAGUGGGCUGGCACCGAGAGCUUUCCGGACCUGGACAGCCCGAACCCGGGGACAACCAUCUGCUGUGCCUUCGCAGUCGCUGCUUAGCCCAAAGUCAUAGAACUUUUGAUAAUAACCUAACCGUGCGGGACGUUCCUGAAUAAGUCAAUCUCAGAAGUUUGGAGUUUUCCUCCUCCGAACUUUCUUAGCAUUCGGACGUGCAGUUGUCGCCAAACUUGGGUGUUCGUGGGAUUUCUAGUUAACGAAAUGCCCUGUGCUUUGAUACUGAAGACUGCCAAACACAUAGGAAUUUUCUUUCUUACAAAGCAGUAACGAAGACUCUCUCCUUUCCCAGCACUGAAUGUUUCACUAGCCCUGGGUGCUCACCACGCAGCUGUCACGACGGCGUGGACAGUCCAAGGUCAGGAAGGCGUCCAGACGCUCGUAGCCAAUGUCACGGUCUCCAGUCUUAAAAUUACACGUAUUUGUAGCUUUCAGAGAAGUUUUUACUAUUUCUCUGUCCACUUUUUAUAAGCUUUAAAGUGAUCUUCUCUGCCUUGAGAUUCGCGUCGAGAAAAAGCACCUCUCUUCGGCUGACAGCUCUGAAGACUAGGGGCGCGCCGUCCGCGCGUUAGCAGGUGUGCUCGCUCGAAUCCGUGCGGUAGCGUCAGUGGUUGAGUUCAAAAGGAAAUCAAUUAUCGCAUUUGAUCUGGAUGGAUUUUAAAAGAACAUAAUGUUCACUAUUCAAGGGAUAAUUAACAUUUGCCACCAUAUUGUUCUUUUUAUGCAAAAGGAACAAGAACUCGGAGACUUUGACGUGCAAAAGUCUUUUAUCAUUAGCUCAUGUAUUUGAGGAAGAGCAGCUGUCUUUUUAUAUGUUUUUUGACAAAUCAUAUUGUAAUUCUUUUGUACAAAAAAGAACUACUUGUAUUCUAGAAGAAAUAUGAAAUGCUUAAUUUAUAAGCGGGCUGGAGAUUUUUUCCAAUAUUGUUUUCUUUGAAAAUGAAAGGGGAUCAUCUAUUUUAGUUUUGGGGCCUGGGAACUUUUUGAAAAUUUAAUUUGGGGACCAAUGUUUUGUGAAAGCUCGAAAAGGUCAGGGGUAAAACAGGGCUCGAAUCUCUCCUCCUGUACAGACCAGCAAACCGCCCUGUGCAAGGCAGACCCAGUCACACACCCAGGACGUUUGCGUCAAAAAUGCUAGUUCGCUUCAGCCCCUAGUAACCUCAGGACUUGGGUGAAUAUAAAAGGUAGACAGCUGAUAGUUUUCAUGGGUAAAUAUUGUCAGCCAGAAAACAAUUGGUGUCAGGUAAUACAUAUUUUUUUAAGCUUUGUUUUAUAUUUAUUUUUCAUUUAGUUUUUAUUGGGAAUGGUUUUCAGUAGAACUCUUGGUUCUGCCGGGGUGUUUUUUGGGGAGCCCUCUUUUCCAUAGUGUAAUUCCAUGUCAGAGGUUGUCUGAAAGUUAGUCUUUUUAAUUCAUAGGAAGGUUUUGAUAUCUGAGAGUAGUCGAAUUAAGGAUGUAAACUUCCCGUACCUUCCUGUCAUGACAGAAAAGCACAGAAGGGACAGCCCUUGAAAUCAUGUAGCGUUGGUCACUUCAAUUUUUUGUACCUGUUUUAAGUUCAGUUGCUGUAUUUACUUCAUUGUAAAUAUUUUUGAGGGUACCUUUGUAUUUUGCUUUUGACCUUGGUUCUGUGAUUUGGAUGUCACGAAAACUUCCCUAAAAAACACCAGUAUGUUAAGUUCUGACGUCAUGAUCCCAAUAUGGGUUAUUCAUCUUUAAUCCUGUUUUCAGUCUCUAUGUGUACAGCAAUAUUUUUAAUAAAGAAUUACAGAGAGAAGCUG